AUGGCGUCUCGUAAAAGCAUCAAUGCCAAUAAAAAGGGACAGGCAGCUCCAGCUGCUCCUGGCAACAACGUUCAGAGGGGACAGCGGCUUGCUGCGACAAGAGUUGUCAGUGGUGGGUAUAACUCAGCACGGCAGCAACUUUCGGACGAAACAGCCUUGCUGUCGCAGCCACAGUGCUCGGGAGGGACAGUGGGCUAUUGCGGCGACAACGUCCGAAGGGAGCAGUCGGUCUGUCAGGGUGACAAGGCUCAAAAGGGGCAGUCGGCCCAUUACGGAAGCAACAACCAAGGAUUGUCGGCGUAUCGCGAAAGCAACAGCCAAAACGGACAAUGGUCCUAUCACGGAGACAGCACGCAAAACGCGCAGCCGGCCUAUCACAGCAGCAGCUUCCAGAAGGGGCAUUCGGUUUCCCACGGAGGCAACAGCCGAAACAAGCAGUUGGCCUGUUACGGCGACAACAUUCACACGACACGUGGGAUAGUAUCACAGCCUUCGACUGAUGUUUUCGCGUUUACAGGACAGCAGGCUGCGGACGCAUCAUCGUCUUCGUUCGCGGAAGGCAUGCCGCUGGUCGGAUGUACAUUAAACGGUGAUUUGCAAGCGGCUGUUGAGGGACUCGAUGAUGCUGUGCGGAAGCGGAAGAUUACGCGCUCAGGUAGCAGCGGUGGCUCGUCACUGAACUCAUCGUCAUCGGGUUCAGAUUUGAUUAGGCCAGAGCCGUUGACAAAUUACUUGUAUUGUGCGCCGAUUAUCAGUGUACUCCGGCGUUCCUCGGUGCGUACUUUGGUUAUUUUUGGAUGUUGUGUCAGUUCUCGCACGCGUGAAGUACCACGCAUGUAG